ACCUCUCGUCAUGCUCAGGACCGCUGCCUUUGCUGCUGCCAUCGCUUCUGCCGCCGCCUUCUCCGCUCCGGGCCCCCUCACCCUCCGUGCCUCUGCCAAGGAGGUGACUGGAGUCGCCAAGGUUGCUGCUGCUGGAGCUGCUAUCCUCGCCGCUGGUCCUGCUUUCGCUGGCGAUGUUGAUGCUGGCGAGAAGGUCUUCAACGCGAACUGCGCUGCCUGCCACGCUGGCGGCCAGAACUCUGUUGUUCCCGACCACACCCUCGAGAAGGCUGCCAUUGAGAAGUUCCUCACCGGUGGAUUCAACGAGAAGGCUGUGAUCACCCAGGUCACUAACGGAAAGAACGCCAUGCCUGCCUUCGGUGGACGUCUCUCUGAUGAUGACAUUGCCAAUGUUGCCAGCUUUGUCAUCUCCAAGUCCGAGGAGGGCUGGGAGUAAGUUAUUGAUUACAUCGGGGGAUCACAAAGUUUCUUUCACUAGUCCUUUGUGGUGUACAUUGGGUUAAAAUAAAUGUUUUGAACCUUAC